GCGGCCAGUCGGUGGUGGAUCGCGUUAGUCGAAAGAUCGAAUCCUGAACGGUCGUGAAAGUCAGUUGCGAGUACUAGUGCGGGGAGAAAAAGUAGUUCUGUAGAGACGGAAAAUAGUUUCGCGAAUAAGUGUGGACAAACUAGUGCGACUGUUUAGUGAGUCGAACGGUGGUGAUUGAGUGGAAGCAUAGACAUGAUUAGGCUUGGCGUUGUAGUUUUGCUGGUUGUCGGCACGUGCAUUGCAGAUUUGCCUGGAUGGGAUGAUACGACUGGAGUGCAUGCUAACAGAAAUUUGAACAGUAUUAAGGGAACACAUUUUUCUACACAUGAAGCAUCUGUACAUGCGGCACGAAAAGGGGCCGCUGAGCGCCUUGCACGACUUGGAUCUGGUGUUGGAGCCAAUCCAUGCGGCACUGCAAUCUGUUAUGGCAAUUCAGGAUUCUCCGACAAUAGUGACGCUGAAACCUUAGGUCACGGAGUCGUCGGUUUCAACAAUGCUGGUUCGGGUGGCUCCAGCUCCAGCAGUUCCAAGUACCAGGCCAGUUCCCAUCAACAGUCCGUUUCUGGUGUAGUGCCAGUUUACCCAGUUCACAGUUCAAAGUCUAGUUACUCCAGUGAAUCUCAGCACCGUAGUAGCUCAUCCAGCCUCAAUGCUGCACAGACAGGAAAUUAUAUCAGUGCUGAUGAAGGUAUCAAAACGCGAUCAAACUUCGGGGCAUCAAAUGGAGCAACCCUUGUACAUCCGAUCGCUGCAUCUGCGUAUCCCAUUGGACAGGAAUCUUCUCAGACUAGUUUUGCCAGCAAUAGCCGCAGCUCUAAUCAAGGUGUCUACACGGUUCCAGUCUACGGUUCAUCUGGCGAUCAGGCUUCCAAGUAUGUCGCUGCCUCCGCUUCUAGACAGGAAAACCAACAACGUUACACGCCUUCCAAUACAUACGUAGUCUACAGGCAACCCGUCCCAGUAUACGGUCCGUUCAACACCGGAAGUUUCGACACCUCGGCCCGUUUCUCAAACAACCAGGGCGCAGUCUACCAAGCUCCCGUAGUCUAUCCUGCUCGCAGUUCUUCGAACCAGUAUUCCGCUGCCAACGAUCAACAAACAUAUGUCAUUCAUGGAGUUCAACCGGUGUACGGUGUUUCCUCGGAUCUCUCUUCCCAAGCCAAUCGUCACACCCAAGCCCAAUACGUCCGUCCCGCUUACCAACCCGUUUAUAACAACCACCUGGCAUCUUCCCAACAAUCCCAAGAGUCUCACAGUCAUGCUUCAGACUCAGGAACCAACAUAAGAAUAACCCCUGUGCCAGUGUCUUCAUCUACCACUCACGAAGAAGCGGAAGAGCGCGACGAGCAAUACAGCCGAAAGGGUAGCACCUACGUUCCGGUAGCCUUGAACACUGCCUCCACCGCUUCCAAGUACACUUCCCAGGAGCAGCAACGUACCCAGUCAGGUACUUCCUACGUACCCAUCCCCGUGGUAUCGGCCGCCGAGUCACACAAACAACAACAGAGCAGCUCCGCAUCCCAAUACUCCGCUGCUCAACAGCAUCGCUCCAAUAAUGCCGCCGCCGGUGGAUGGUACUAUCCGGCAGCAGGCUCGGCUGCCGUGCACCAGGGAUCACGCUACUCGGCUUACGAUUCACAAAACGCACAGACUCAACAGCGGGUUGGCGGAUACGUCCCGAUUACGAACGAUGCUUUGGGACAGCGAUUCGGCGCGGUGGACUUGGGACUGGACCGAAGCGGCACUGAGCUGGGUUCUAUCAUGAGUGAAUCGGAACGCUUGGCACGGCUUCAGGCCAAGAACGCUUACAACGGAGCGGUCAGCGGUAGUUCGGCGAUCGAUAUGGAGAACCGGUUCUCUGGAAACAACGACGACGCGAGUAGUGACAUCGGCGGAGGACUGGGUAGUGGAUUCAAGCGCACCAAGUCGUGGUCCAGCAGCUCAAAGUGGGCGUCGGGACAGAAGUAUGGAGAUGAUGGUAAGAUCAAGACGUACAGCUCGCUAUCGACAGCUGAAAGCGAACAGCACAACAUCAAUGGACAGAAGACCGGUUAUAAGGCGGCCACCACUACUCUCGAAGAUGAUGGAAAAGUUAGCACCUACAGUUUGCACACACCGUAAAGAUUUUAAGAUAUCUACUAGUUUGUAAUAAAUUUUCUGUUAAGAACCGUUGACUGAGGUAAAUAUAUUGAAGUUAAUCUUUAAAA